AUGUCCACCAUGGGGAUCCAAAUCCCAGACAGAAGACCAGAACAGGAGGACAAUGAUACAUAUGCAUCACUUCUACAGAGGCACAGGCGCUGUGAUGCCAUCAGGUGCCGUCACCCUGAAGGCAGGGAGCUGGCAGAAGAAGAGGGGCCCUGGCAGCUGAUCCUGUGCAGCUCCUGUGGAGUGGAGAGCACCCACCGGCAGUGCUCCUACCUGAACAACACAACGGCCAUGUGGGAGUGUGACAGAUGUGCUGGCCUGGGUACCGCUUCCAGCAGCAACUCAGAGCUUGCCAGCUCCAGCACUGCCAACCAGGACAGGCAAGGGCCGUCCCACAGCCUCCAGGAACAUGAGGACAGCUGUUCCAGCCCCACUAGCCAGGCAGCAUCAGAGCCAUCAUACAGUUCCCAGCUGCCAGAGCUCAGCUGCCAGAGUAGAGAGCUGGGGACAGAACACAGGACAAUCCCCUCAUGUUUACCAGAGGAUAUGGCUGAGCAGCACCAAAGAUGCCACAGGAGCAGACAAACAGCAGCCCAAAGUGCUGAGUGUUGCUCCCGCACCUCCACCAGACGGGGCACAUCAGAAUCUUCCAGAGAGUCCCCAGGGGCUGCACGCAGGAGGCGUCCCAGGCAGCGGAGAACAAGCCGCACACGAAGCCGCUCCCCGCUGCAAGGUCGGGCCUUGAGUUCCCAGAGCCGGCCAAGAAGACGCCAUGGGAGCAGAGGAACACCAGCUCCUCGUGAUCAGAGCAGCAUCCGCAGAUCAGCAAGAUUGGCAACACUGAGGUCCUCAAGGGCUUCCCCAGUGCCUGAACAAAGGGGACGAUCUGUGCAUGGAGCGCAGGCUCUCACAGAAAGCCGUUACCCAGCGAGGUGCAGAGAUUAAAAUUUCCACAGCUGGCUCUGAGUAAGCAGCAGGAGCCAGUCCCACCACCGGAGACCACCUCAGGCAUAAAGCUACUCCUAGAUCCAACAUCAGAGCCAAAGUCUGUGCAGCCAGCCCCCAAGCCUGUACAGGAGUAGCCAUGUACCAGUCCCACCUGCUUUCUCUGGUCCCGAGUCCGACUGUAUGGGAACUGCUGAAUCACAGCCCAAACCACUGAUUGACCAGCUAGGAAAAGGACUUGGUCAGCCCUAGAAGCACAGCUGAAGGCAGUUCAGCUGUGCAACCA